AUGACAACAACACCCACAAGCGAAGCUGUUUUCCUGUGGAUCAGUGGUCAGAGUGGAGCAGGGAAAACGACACUUGGUACCAAUUUGUCCGACCACUAUGGUUUGGUGCAUUUUGAUGGAGACGUCUUCUACCAAGGUGUCGAUCCCAUUGCCGACGCAGGCGUCUACAAGCAACACACAGACCGACCAGAAGAACUCAAGCAAAAAUGGUCGCUGGUGUCCGAGAACUUUGGGGCAUUGUUUACGGGUGCACUGGUCCCAAUAGAGGAUUGGGCUGAUUCCAUGGAGUGUUUAGUCCAAGCGGUAGCCGAGGCCGUGUUGAAGCAACCAAAUCCCAUUCGAUUCGCCGUCAGUUUUGCCGUUUACCCACGUUCGGUUCGCCAAUGGAUCGAAGAGCGACUGCUGUCCUUGACGGGGAAACAGAUCCAAUUUGUGGUCUUGUACGAUGCCGAAAAAGCAGCACCCAGACGCAAACUGGAACAAACAAAA